AUGUCAUACGCAAAAUUUAUAGAGUCCCUCAAGGUGGAAUCGGCGACAGAUGUAGUAAAGCAUCUCUCUGUGUCGGAGCUACAGUCGAAGCUGGACAUGCUCGAGCUUUACUGGGGUCAAUUUGAGGAGCAGCACCUCAAACUUCUUUCCGGCAAGGACUGUUCUGAAGUUCUCGAACAUGAUUACAUUAAGAAGCAGGUGUACGAUCACUGUCUUCUCUCGUACUCCUCAGCUAGAACUGUUUUUAUUGGCAUCAUCAAGGCUUUGGAUGAAUCCGUGGACAUGUCGGAGUCGUUCUACCGGAGACCUGCUCAAUCAGCUUCGACUGGACAAAUCUCGCAGCGCCCGUUGCCAAAAAUAUCUUUGCCGUCGUUCUCAGGAGAUUUCCCGGAGUGGACUCCAUUCAAAGACCUUUUCAUCUCCAUGGUAGUCGACAACAAUAACCUCUCAGCCGUCGAGAAGUUACAUUAUCUUCUCACUUUUCUUACGGGGGAGCCCAGGAAGAUGAUCUUCGUGAGGACUUUAUAUCCUAGAUCUAGUAAGGAAAUUCCUCUGUAG